CAGGGAUUGGAAACUGAUGACGUCACACGGACAGACUCUGUAAUGGUAGGAAAGCAAUGGAAGGACUACACAAGCUCUUCUCCUAGUCUCCAACUGUAUUAAUUUGAAUUUUAUUUACUAUCGAUGAUGAACAGAUAGGUCUUGGGAGUUCAUGACUGUUCUUUGUGACGGUUAAGCAUAGUUUUGUUGACAGAAUCUUCGCCGCCUCUCGCGGCCCAUGUUAUCAUUCAAAUUGCCUUUGUGAUGGCACAAAUUAACGAAUACAGCUAUUAUUUUUCCAAAGUGCCGUCUGUGGCUUAUAUAAUAAGCUAAAGGCAUGUGAAAAACCCUGAUCUUUGUUACAGUUUUUGUCCUUUAUCCUAAUUUUACUUACUUUUUGUGAUAUAGGUUGAACAGAUACGCCUCUAAAAACAGACAUUUUGGGAUCUUAUGAUCUGUAUGAAGCACUAGUGAUAAUGAAAGUGUUUUAGUGGCACGUAGCUUUACUUGAUGCAUGUUUUUUAUAUUGACACUCUCUCAGUUUUAGUUACCCUUAGCAAGUUAUAGGUUGAAUAGAUUUCACACCUAUUACGCAUGGUAAAAAAGCAUGCUUUUUCUCAUUUUUCUUCAAAAUAAAGUGCUGUAUUACAGCUUUAACAGUUUCUGAUAAGUAAGCAAACCUUCAGCAACAAUAUAAGCUAUAUAACUGCCCUGGAUCUGGCUUCAAGCUACACUUAAUCCAGUAGUCCACUUAGUCAUAUUGCUCUUGUCUCAAUGAGCCGGGGAAGGGGCAGAGUCUUACAAGGUUCGUCCGCACCUGCUUUCAUUAAUUUGAAUGAGAUCACGUGAUCUGUUUCCUAUCCCUGUUACUUAGUAAUACAAUCUAUGCUCCUAUGUUUACUCUAAUAUCUAUGCGCGGGCACAAAACAUUAUUUUAGUUACGAAUUCAAUGGCGGCUAAACCUAAAGGAGCUAAAGGAAAAGGAGCCAAAGAAGCUAAAGCUAGUCAAAGCUUGUGGGAGAUGUGCCAGGAGUUUGAAGUUGAGAGUGAGAUGAUGGAAACGCGGCCUGUUCGCUGUAAGAAGGAGCAAUCCGGCGUUGUUACUAAGCCCCAAUUUGCGAGAUACUUGGAGGACUACUUGAAGAAAGAGCUAGCGUUUACAGGCGCCCCUCCACGCGGACCAAGCUUGGUGAGACUCCAAGCUUACAGGGAAGUAUUUGAAUGCUUGGUAGACAAGUUCACUACUUACAAGCCAUUGCUCGCUUCCAUUAAACUGGAGUAUGAUCGAUUCAUUGAUAAUCAGGAAAAAAAGAUCAGGGAGCUGCACCCAUUACAGACCAAGCUACUCUCAACAAAGGAGGGGUAUGAAAAAAAAAUCAUAGCAUUGAAAGAAAAUGACAAGAAACAGGAUGAUAAGGAGAAGCAGCGGGGUCGCCAGUUGCAAAAAGAGAUUGACAGAUUAAAGGAAAGAGGAACCUCUUAUAAACUACAGAUAGAAAAACUAAAAGAGGAGGUAGCUGAUCUAUAUGAGAAAUACCGUUUUGAGGCUGAUGCAAGGAAACUUCUGAUUGCAGACUACAAUGAGUUGAAAAUUAGCGGACAAAACGAUGAUCAACAAGAUGAAGAAGUAGUCAUAGAAAAGGAAGACCCGGUUAUUUUGAAAUUGAAACUAGUACGUGCCAAGGAGGAACUUCAUAUUGCCAAAAAGCACCUUAAUGAAGUAAUGGCUGAUUAUGGUGGUGAUGUUGUUCCAAAGGAAGAAUAUGAAUUGAUUGAAAGUUCCUACAGAAAGGCAGAGAGUGAGCUUGAUACAAAGAAGGCUCAAUGUGCUAGUGCAAUCGAAGAAUAUAAUUUGUUGUUGAUCAUGUAUAAAGAGUUGGAAAGGAGGGGUAAGUCAAUGGAAGAGCUGGAACGAAUCAAACAGUCUGCUACACCAAGGUCCAGAGAAGUGGGCAGAGAUAAGUGAUGGUUGCUCUAGUGAUGAACUGGUUGAUGUCCUGUUAGCACAACUUGCCGGAGUAGAUAUUAACGAUAUGCUGAAACGUGAACCAUUCCAUGGACAGGGUACUAGCGAGAGUGUCCCUAAAUACCUCCAGUGGGAAGGAGAGGUUAUCAAUAAACGCAUCAAGAGAGCCGAGUUGGAGGACAUGUUGUCAGGAUUCGGGGAGCACUGGCUAUUAAAGAUAUCAAAAGGGGAUGCCACCACCAAUGACAGCCUUGACGAAGUGCUGUAUCAAUAUCUGCUGGCACGCAAUGAAGGAGUGGUGUAUAGUGCUAUAGAGAAUGGGUACAAUUUAAAGGAUGCCUGUGAUAGGUUUCAGCAUUUACU